ACUUUUUGAAUGUGGAAACACCGGCGGCCCGCCACGUUUCGCCAGUCUUGUUAGUUGUUCACUCGUCAGUAAUUUCAUAGCUUCUUAUCCAUUUACGUGUGAUCCAGAUAAUAACUUAAAAUGAGUGCUCCAGCACCAGCUCCUGUUCAAAAAAUAGGGAUAGUAAAGCAGGUAUUAUCGGGAGACACUAUCGUAAUAAGAAAGCAGCCGAGAGGCGGGCCUCCUCCAGAGAAAGUGAUAGCCCUGUCGGGCAUCACGGCGCCCAAACUCGCUCGCCAGCGCACUGCCAACAAUGAUGUGGAGUCAAAAGAUGAACCUUUUGCAUGGGAGGCGCGCGAGUUUUUAAGAAAGAAGCUGGUUGGAAAAGAAGUGGUUUUUACAUCUGAAAAACCUAAUAACUCUACAACUAGAGAGUAUGGGUCUGUGUGGACAGGAAAAGACACCACUCAAGAUGAGAAUGUGACUGAAGCUUUACUCGCUGAAGGAUUGGCAAAGGUCAGAGAAGGCGGGAGAAAUAUCCCUCAGCUGAAGAAGCUUGUUGAAAUUGAAGAUAUUGCCAAAUCACAAGGCAAAGGCAUUUGGGGCUCUGAUAUCAAUGGGCAUAUCCGAGAUAUCAAAUGGACCAUUGACAACCCAAAGCAGUUUGUGAACAAGUACAAUGGGCAACCCAUCAAAGCCAUCAUUGAGUAUGUCCGUGAUGGCUCCACUGUAAGGUUAUGCUUGCUGCCUGAUUUCCAUCAGAUCACCUUGAUGCUGUCUGGAAUUAGAUGUCCUGCAGUAAAACAAGAUGGCGAUUCAGAGCCCUACGCAGAAGAAGCUCGUUUCUUCCUGGAGUCUCGUCUCCUACAGAAAGAUGUGGAAGUGAUUCUGGAGUCUGUGAACAACAACAACUUCGUUGGCACCAUCCUGCACCCGCAGGGGAACAUCGCCGAGGCUCUGCUGCGACAGGGCUUCGCCAGAUGUGUCGACUGGUCACUUGCUGUUAUGAAAUCAGGUGCGUCGACGCUGCGAGCCGCCGAGCGCGCCGCCAAGGAGGCCAAGCUCCGCAUGUGGACCAACUACGUGAGCAACGCGCCCGUCAUCGCCGCCAAGGACAAGGAGUUCACGGCCACCGUGCUCGAGGUGGUCAACGGCGACGCGCUCGUCGUCAAGCUGCCCAACAACACCUCCAAGAAGAUAUUCAUGGCCAGCAUCAGGCCCCCGCGCGAAAAGAACAGCCCAGAUGAAGAGGGUAAGCCAUCAAUCAGGCCGAAGGGUUUCAAGCCACUGUAUGAUAUCCCCUGGAUGUUUGAAGCUCGUGAAUUUUUGAGAAAGAAGCUCAUUGGCAAGAAAGUAACCGUGACUGUAGAUUACAUUCAGCCGGCCAAGGACAACUUCCCUGAAAAAACAUGUUGCACUGUUCAAGCCAGUGGAGUGAACAUUGCAGAAGCUCUAGUUAGUAAAGGCUACGCAACAGUGGUGAGGUACAGCAAAGACAACGACCAGAGAAGCUCCCACUACGAUAAACUGCUCGAAGCGGAACUUAAAGCUCAGAAGGCAGGAAUCGGCAUUUACGCUAAAAAGGACAUCCCGGCUCAUCGCAUACAAGACACGAGUGGCGACUCUGCAAAGGCUAAAAAAUUCUUCCCCUUCCUAAAGAGAGCCCAGAAAACAGAGGCCACAGUCGAAUUCGUGGCGAGCGGUUCCAGAAUGAGAAUAUACAUUCCUAAAGAAUCUGUUGUAGUGACAUUCCUACUGGCCGGCAUCAACUGCCCGCGCGGCGCGCGUCCCACGGCGGGCGGUGGCACGCAAGAGGCCGAGCCCUUCGGCGAGGAGGCGCUGCUCUACACCAAGGAGAAGUGUCUGCAGCACGACGUCGUCGUCACCAUCGAGGAUCUGGACAAGGCCGGUAACUUCAUCGGCUGGCUGUGGGUGGACAACGAGAACCUGUCUGUGUCCCUCGUCGAGCACGGCCUGGCCUCCAUGCACCACACGGCCGAGACCUCCGAGUUCGCGCGCGCCAUCAAGACCGCCGAAGAGAACGCCAUCAAAAAACGAAUCGGUAUAUGGAAGGAUUAUGUGGAAGUAGAGAAGGAAAUCGAGAAGGAGAAGAACGCUCCAGUUCAGGACAGAACCGUGAAAUACGACAAAGUGAUCAUCACCGAAAUUACACCGGAAGGCCACUUUUACGCACAGAAUAUUGAAAAUGGUGCAAAAUUGGAAGCCUUAAUGGAUAAAAUUCACCAAGAGUUCAAAGCGAAUGCGCCUUUACCAGGGUCACUCGUACCGAGGAGGGGUCAAGUUUGUGCGGCAUUAUUUUCUUUAGAUAACCAGUGGUACAGAGCCAAAGUGGAAAAGAUCACUGAAGACAAAAAGGUUCAUAUAUUCUACAUUGAUUAUGGAAACAGAGAGGUGAUAAACUACUCCCGGCUGGCGAACCUGCCCGCGGGCACGGAGUCGGAGCCGCCGUACGCGACCGAGUACUCGCUGUGCUGCGUUAAGUUCCCGGCCGACCCCGACGACCGGCUGGAGGCCGUGACCGCCUUCUCCAUGGAUACGCUCAACAAGAAGCUGCUGAUCAACGUGGAGGCGCGCGGCGCGCCCGCCGCCGUCACGCUCGUCGACCCCGCCACCAACCUUGACGUUGGCAAGAACCUGAUAAAGGAGGGUCUAGUGUUAUUGGACGCCGUGCGCGACCGGCGACUGGCGACCCUGGUAAGCGAGUACCGCGCGGCACAGGAGCACGCCAAAGGCUCGCGGCUCAACCUGUGGCAGCACGGUGACAUCACCGAGGACGACGCCGUGGAGUUCGGCGCGCGCCGCUAGCGCCCCCCGCCCCGCCCCGCCCCGUCUACCGGCUCCUCGACACCUCUAACGUACCGACAGGACCCACGAUCCCACACGCCUGGACGCUAUCAACUAUCUAAACUUUCUUCUUUGCGCAACUGCCUUGGUAAUUCUUGGAACUGUAAGACGAUCAAUUAAAGUUGUGAACAUUAACCUCCUGGGCACGACUGGGUAUUUUUAUAACUUUUAUAAACAUAAUAAAGUAGGUCUACUAUGAAAUAGGUCGUAUUCAGUAAUUUAUUAAACGCGGCAAUGUAGUCAGAAAUAAUACUUCUCUAUAUUGAAAAAAGAAUUAAUCUGUAAAUAAGCAUUUUAUUGAUUUAUUUACUUAUCCUUUGUAAACUAAAUGAAAUUACAUGAAUAUUUUUAUAUUUAUAUCACAUAAAUGAAAUAAUGUUUUUUUAAAGAUAUAAUGUCUAAAAUCAGAUAAAAAAGGAAAGUGAUGUCGCAAUGGGAACACUCAGGAGGUUAACUGGCGAUGUGAACAGAAGUAGCUCCAACCGCGCGAUGUGUGCCCCCCGCCGCGGACGCCUCGCCCCGACUCCCCCUUUUUAAUCUUACUCUACCGACAUAUUUAGCUCUGAUGAUCUUGAGCAAAAUACCUUAUAGAUUUUAAAUCCAGAUGUAUAUACAUAAUUAAUUAUAUAUAUAUUUCUGCCAAGCGAGAGUACGACAUAAUAAAAUUAAAUUGAUGAAAUAUGAAAAUAUAUAUGAUACCUUAAUGUCAACUAAUAAGUCAUACUCAUAAUACUAUUGUAAAUUAUAAGUGUUAUCAGCAAAUCGUACGUAUAUUAUUUACGUCAAAGUUAUUUUAUUUAUUUACAUUUUACAUGAUCAUAAUUGAUUUUAAAGAAAUAAAUGAACUGAUACUAAUUAAGUGUUAUUUUAAUAAAAUAAAAUUCUUUGCUUCAGAGUAAAUUUGUGUCAAUGUAGACCAAACAAAUCACCCAAUGGGUACUUGCAAGUUGGGUUUAAAACAUUGACGUUAAAUCACGUCGUUAUACUGAUCAAACUAUUUUACUUAAUUGAGCUGUUAUAUAAAAAAAUGUUAUAUGUCAAAAUUAGCGAGUUUUCUCUUGGAAUUUCAUGAGAGUUUGACUAGACAAAUACCCUGCAAUAAGCACCUUAACCCAUUUCGAAAAAUAUAGCAUUUUUACUGUUACCGAGUAAAGUCUUCCUUGGAAACGGUAAAUUAUUAUAAUUGAUGUAUUGGCAUAAUAAGAUUAAUAAGUAGUAAAAAUGUAUCAAAUGAUUUUUGCCGUGAUAAUGGUGGAGUAAAUUAUGUUCAAGUACCUAGUUAGUGCAAUGUAGGCGCCCGCGCCGCGCCGCCUCGCGCGGCUGAUCUCUGGCGACGCGACGGCCUGAUGGUGACACCGGACUAUACGGUACAUUCAUCGCGCUUAGUACCUUUCUUUAUUUGUUUUUCAAGAUCGAUUUUGUCAAAGUUGUUUUUUUUUUAUUUUGUAUAGUUUUCGUAUUACAAUCGUUCUCUGAAGUCUGAAUUACUACAUAAUAAUAACUUUUAUUAUUUUACUGAAUCAUGUUUUUUCUUGAAUAUAUGAAAUAAUUAUUAACUUUGUAUUGCGUACUUAUAAACGUAUUGUAAACCUACCUCUCUUCUUGAGAUUUUUAUAAGGUAGGAGAUACUUUGUUUUUACACAUUAUGUAUUUAAGUACCAUAAGGUGCGUGGAUUGUUAAAAGGACUUGGUAUAUUAAAAUAAAUAAUUUAGGAAAAA